AUGGCAUGUCCGGAGGGGCAAAUAGUUGCUUUUGAUACAUAUACUCUGGUGGAAGAAGAUGAGUAUUGGUGGGAGAAUACUUGCCAAUGCCUAGAGGUUGAAGGUCAAGAUGUGACUUGGGAUGUCUUCAAGAGGGUAUUUUUGGAGAAAUACUUUCCUGAGGAUGUUAGGAACAAGAAGGAGAUGGAGUUCUUAGAGCUCAAGCAGAGAAACAUGACUGUGGUUGAAUAUACAUCCAAGUUUGAGGAGCUGGUGAGGUACUUUCCCCAUUAUCAAGGGAGAAAUGGUGAAAGUUCCAAAUGUGUGAAGUUUUUGAACGACUUGCGACCUGAAGUGAAGCAAGCUGUGAAUUACCAAGGUGUUCAUCAGUUCCCACUCUUGUUAACAUGUGCCGGAUUUGGGAUGAAGACUCCCGAGGCAGGGCGACCUAUUAUAGGAGUAUAG